UAUGAAUGAAAGAAAAUAUCACAAAAUUGCUAGAAACAACAACUCUACCAACAAAAUCUACAAGAAAGCGUAUUGAUCAAAGAUGUGGAAUCAAAAGCCGAGUUUUAGGUUUGAGAUAGAAAACUUCUCGGAGAAGGAAUCUGUUAUAGCGUCUCAGACAUUCGUGGGUGGCGGAUGCGAAUGGAACAUAUUCGUUUAUCCGAAGGGAGAAAUCGGACAAAGAGCUCUAUAGAUCAUCAAUUGCACCAGCAAGCACCUUGUUUUGCGCUAAGAAUCCAACAUUGGGUUAAUACUUCAGUGAGAAAGAUAUUUGCGGAGCACGUGGUGAAGACAGAAUACAAGAAUGUCCUAAGCAACGCUUGCAGCAAGUUGAGUGAGAUGGCGGAAGUAGGAUCUAAGCUGGACUGGUUGAAGUCUAGGCUUGAUGAAGUUUCCUUGAAGAGGAAGAAAGCAGAUGAUGUUGAAGGGUCUAGAGUCCAAAAGCUCGAGGAACGCAUCAAAAAUCUCGAGCUGAUGGAUUCGGGGCUCAAGAUGGACGGUUUGAGGUCAAAUCUUGAGGAGAUCUUAUUGGAGAGGAAGAAAUCAUAUGAUGCUAAUGAGUCUCGUGUCCAAAAACUCGAAGAACGCGUCAAGAAUCUUGAGAUGAUGGAAUUAAAUGUUAAACUGUUGAAGCUUGAGGAGGUAUCCUUGGAGAGGAAGAAAUCAGAUGACGCUGAUGAUUCUCGGGUCCAACAACUCGAGGAAAGCUUCAAGAAUCUUGAGAUGAUUGUUUCGGAUCUCAAAGUUGAACUUGACCAUGCCACCAAAUCUUCUGUUGAUGAAAUUUUCUUGGUCGAGGAAAGCUUCAAGAAUCUUGAGAUGAUGGUGUUGGAACUCAAAGCGGAAAUGGAAGAGGGGAAUGCCAAAUAUUCUUCUGAUGAGUUUUUCUUGGUCGACGAGGUUGAAUGA